ACAACUGUACGUUGCUUUUUUCGUGUGACCCAAUUCUGGCAGCGGUGGUUCCUAUCGAUUUUUAUUCUGUUGCACAUCUACCACAUCGCUCCCUUGCUGCUAGCCGUUGUUGGAAGGAAGCAACUUGCCAUACGUUCUGUCCAAAAAGUAGAAUGCUGCUGCUGUUGAAUUAAAAAACGUUGAAUCCGCGACACCGUCAACGCAUCGGCGAAAUCCACAAUGUGAAAAUUGUUUGGCCUUACAGUGGUCUUCAGUCUCACUGUCAAGCAGUUUAAAGUGCCUUCCUGAUAGAGCUGAUAGCAGCUUAUAAGCCGGCUGAUAACUAGACCUUGGCUCAGACAAAUCAUCCGUCAAGUUGUAGAGAAUCUACGCAACCAAUCCUUCCCAAUCCGCACCAAGCACCCCGAUCAUGCUGUCGACGACGACUAUUCAACACGUGUCGGCUUUCUGCGCAACAAGGGCAAGUCAGCGGUGUGCGCGUAAGACGCUGCUGGUGGCGGUCAACAAUCAUGCUAGUAAGAAGUUUGGCACCAUCGUCGAAAACAAAAAUGACGGACAUCAGUCUUGGCGUCUGGGCCUCCCAGCGGCAGUUAUCUCGGAGCAGCUGAGGCAACAAGAAGUGCGAUUUUCGAGUUCUUAUCAACCAAAAGCUGUUCCCGGUAGCGCUUUCUAUUUGUCGACAAAUUCCUCCAGAACGAUGGCCACCGCUGUGAAACCUCGACUAGUUGCAGUAGAAGAAGCGCGCCGUUUCAUGCAGGAAUGCUUUAUCCAAUCCAAAACGCCGGAAUCGCACGCCAAACAGAUGGCCGAUCUGCUGGUGGAGGCCGACUAUCGAGGCCAUUUCAGCCACGGCAUGAACCGGCUGGAGAUGUACAUUAACGAUCUGCACAAGAACGCUUGCAGUGGGGCAGCGGAACCGGAAAUUCUGAACGAAACUUCGGCCACGGCCUGGGUCGAUGGCCACAACGGCCUGGGAGCGGUCGUGGGGAACUUCUGCAUGGAUCUGGCCAUCAAGAAAGCCAAAGAAGUCGGCGUUGGAUGGGUUUGUGCUAAACGAUCCAACCACUAUGGUAUUGCAGGUUGGUACACACUGAGAGCCAUGCAGCAGGACUGCAUUGGCAUUUCGAUGACCAACACAUCGCCUCUGGCCAGUCCUACACGUAGUAAAGAAGCCGUACUCGGAACCAAUCCCAUUUCAGUUGGGGCUCCAGCAGAGAAUGGGGAUGGAUUUGUGCUGGAUAUGGCAACGACGGCCGUUGCUGUUGGUAAAAUCGAGAUUCAGCGUCGUAAGGGAGAACCAGUUCCGUUGGGAUGGGCUCAGGAUCCACAUGGACAUCCGACAACCGAUGCCAAUGUAGCUUUCGAUACCGGCUGCCUAAUGCCUCUGGGUGGAACUGAGCUUACUUCCGGUUACAAGGGAUACGGGCUGGCCGCCAUGGUUGAAGUCUUCUGUGGGAUCAUGGCCGGUUCCAACUAUUCGACCAAAGUCCGCAAAUGGACUCAUGCCGGGGCCGAUUCGGAAGCCGACUUGGGCCAGUGCUUUGUGGCUAUCAAUCCCGCAUGUUUUGCUCCCGGUUUUGAGGGACGGAUGUCCGAUUUGAAUUCGAUUUUGAGGAACAUGCCGAGGACCGACGAAUCGAAGCCAGUCCUGGUGGCCGGAGACCCGGAACGCAACCACAUGAAGAAGGUCGACGAGGAAGGCGGAUUGGGCUACCACGAAAACCAAAUAAAAACCUGCAACGAACUAUCGAAACGGUUGGGCGUGCAACCGAUCGGUUUCGUUUGCUGAACAAUCAGUCUGAAAACGGGCCACAAAUGACUAUUAAAUGCAUUUAACUCAACUCAGAGAUUUGCUGGAUUGAUGUCAAACUCAUCAUUAAAUUAAUGCAAACAGUUCUUAAUCAAUUCUUACAAAACGAAUUUGAAAACAAAAGUUACUUAACAUUCGGUAUACUAUUGGCAUACAUAUCAUUUUGAAUCUAAUAAAAAACAAAAUAUUCACAA